AUGUUGUAAGUGAACGGUUCCUGCUGAGGAAAGCCUCUGUGGCUUUGGCAACGUCUGCAGUGAGUCAAACUCCACGUUCACGAACAAACAGACUGUGAUUUUCAGCUCAGACAAGUUUAACUAACCAAAGAGGACAUGUGCGUGACUGCUUCACGGCAAGACCAUGGCAGGUGAGAUGGAAAGGCGAUAUUGAACUGGCUCUGACAUGCUGAUGAAGUGUGGACACACCCUGGUGUAGUCAGGAGAGAAAAUGGAGGACAGCUGCAUGCUUUCUGGACCAGGCAGGAUAAACAGUGGUUGCUAACGGCACGUCACCUCCGGCCAGUUUUGUUGCAUAAUAAGAAACUCAAGCAUAGUUUUAGACUCUGGAAGAAGUAGACAGCCAACAACAUUGCAGCUGGACUGGUGCUAAGGACUUUGUGAGUGUCUAGUAUACAAAAUCAUCAGGUUUGAAGUAAGGAAAGGAAAGGCAGUAACAAGGUAAAACUUUCUUCUUUAUGACAGACAUGUGGAAAAGUGUUUGAAUGUACAGAGAAAGAGACAGAGUGUGUUUAGCUUUGCUGCUUUAAGAGAAAUAUACGGUGUGUAGGGUAGUGAAACAAAUUCCAGAUUUUUAACGCAAAUGAUAUCAUCAACAAAGCAAUUUCAAUAAAAAGUUAAUAUCAAAUUAGGACUUUAUUAGUAUUUGGUUUCUGCCCUUUCUGUCAACGGAAGGAUGAACCCUGGUAAAUUGCGCAAAACCUGAUGAUCUAUGUUUUCCCAGCAUGAAUUGGGAGUCUUCCAAAAAGAUCCUUGAGUCAAGAAAUCUGACCUUUCGUACAAGAGCGUUCACAUGUCUAGAAAAGUGCAGAAUCUUAGACAUUACUUCUUCACUGUAUCUUUAUUCAUUGUUUUCUAAUUUAAAUUCUACUUAACAAUUCUUUUGAAUCCAAAUCUCAGAUUUUCGCACGUUGGAGAUGUGACCUGACAGACUGUGCUUAACCGGUUUCCAUGUAUAAUUUUGUUCCCUUCAGCUGGCUGAGAAAACAGCUCAUGCAACAUGGGAACGAACAGCAUUGGCUGAAUAACUUAAUGCAAUGGCACUCCUUUCCGUGCUUUACUGAAACAUCCUGGUGGACUCAAAGGAACCUCUUUCAGAGAUGAUUCUGUGUAGUCAGAUGGCUUUUGCAGUUUUCCACUGCAUAAUGUGGUUCACUGUGCCUGUCCUCCUGCGCUCUGAAUUCAAGGUGGCGUACGUAACCGAGCGCAGCAUCUUCACGUGCACAUGUGCACAGGAAUUGGCCUUCUGUGAGAAAAUGAACUCCAGUGAAUGUAGCAACUGCAACGAACAAACGUCUGUGCUGCAGAGAGGAGAGCGACCCAUCCCGGUGCAGAAGAAACGACUUACAGUGUGGUACACUUCACCGCUCAAUGUGGCCCUUCUUUUGAACAACUCAGAGAUCAGGCACUUGUCAUUGGUCCAGUGUAGGCCUGCUUCUGACCAGCCAAUAGCGAUUGACUUCUUCACAGUACAGCGCCUUGAGACGCUCACAGUCACCUGGAGGCCUGGCCAGAGUCAAAAUGUCAUCAUAGGCAAGGACAGGGGUGCCCCCUACCAUGAGGAAUCGAGAAUCGCUGUCAUUCACACUUCAGUGCUGACUGGAAAAACUGAGCUGAAGUCCUACACAGUCCAAACCAAAGUGGAUCACAGUGGGACGAUAUCCUUCCCAGACAUUUUUUUAUCUCGCACUGGACUUUCUGAGCUGUCCAGAAUAUUUGUCACUUUUCUGUACUAAGAGGCAUUUCAUAUCAUGAAUCAAAUGUCAUUUCCUAAAUUACACAGCGUUGAAUUUGAACACUUUUAAUGCACAUUGUCUAUGCCAUGUGUUGCGGUUACCAUAUCACAUAUAUCUAUUGUAAAUAUUUACAGGGAGUCAGCCAUUUUAAGGGCUGUCUCAUUCGCAAUAUCCUUCAAGUUGACCUUAACGUUAGUUCUCUAAAAAAUCCCAAAAUGCACCACAAAAACAAGGGACCACCGAUGCUGCAUAUGUUCGCUUACCGGAAAUCACGUGACAGGUUUUGAAGACAUUUAACCGAAAUCACAGGAGCCAACUCAAUGAACUUCAUGAAAUGCAAUAUUACUUUUGAAAAGACAUAUGUUUUUUUAUGGUAUGUAUAAACAAACGUUGCAAUACAUGCAGGGGACGCAAUUACACUUAACAGUUAAAUUUAAUAAUCUACAAAUUUGUGCACUGAUAUGUAACAGAAUAAUGGAAGUGUUUCUUAUAUGUAGGCCUACUUGUAUACCAGUGUUUAAAAAAUAAAGUCAGAGAUGUCGGUUUUGCAGAUUGUUGAUUAAUACCAGCUGUGAAGUAUCACAACACAGCUGCAAUAUGACCGUGUGUUAAAUGCAAGCAGCAUUUCUUGUGAAGACACCCGACAUUUUGUCGAGAGUCUGAGGCGGCUCAAAUAGGCGGCCGCCUUCUAAUUCUCUAUGCCGGAGAAAGCCUGGUAACGUUUUUGAUAAUAAUGUCAAUUUGCCUGUAGCACAAGAUGGUGCCGGUAGGAGGUUUUGACUAGAACUGAUACAGCUACCUCAGCUGGGCAUGCGCACUUCAAUAACGCAUCAUUUUUGUCAAGCUGGAAACAGUUAUUUCAUAUGUUUUUCUUUUUGUAGGGUUAAGGUUGGAUAGGUGUAGGUGUUAACUAAUGUAAUUAAUUGUAAUUAUAUGGCAAGAUUUUGCACCACUUCCAGCCGUAGCUGUAUCCCUUUAUAGCAACAACCCCGGUUGGUAGGGUCGGCAGACUUAUAUCAGGUCGUAUAACACCGUAUGGGAAAAUGACGGAUUUUGAUCGGCAAAUAUUUACUAAUAUAUCAGCGAUAUGACAGAUCAUCUGUACAGUGCAUUGAGCCAAAACAACUUGAUAGUGUUGUAUGACCGGAAAUUAAGCUGCCGACUCUGGCGUCGAAAAUGCUCACCAGUGCCAUCUUGUUUAACUAGCCCGCGUUGAGUCUGGCCCAUUUAAUUAUUAUGCAGUUGCAUAUUAAAGUAAGGUUGAGAAACAUAAAAAUAGGCUAUAUCAAAGCAAAGUUCACACACAGUCCAAAUAAUAUCAGAAAAACGCGUUACAACAAACUACAACAUGCUUCUAUAUACUACAAAAUGCUUCUUCCGGGUUUUGUGACUUCAGAGCGGUUUUUAUUUUAAUGUUGUAUAACCCAGUCCUACGUCAAAAUUGGGGCGAGGCCUGGGAAUGGUGACCCCCAAAUAAACACAAAAAUAAACAAACAGAAGUUGUUUUGCAAAUGCACUGGUGUUUAUGUUUGUUUUUAAUUAGGCUAUACCGUUUUAAAGUGAAACUUGCUUUAGUGUUAUUUGUCCUAAUAUGACAAUAAGCUUUAACAUUGGAAUAGAUCGACAUAUAAUAAAUACUGUAUUAUUAAAGUCCCUAUGUAAUCCAAAUGGA